CCACGCCCCGUAUCUAGUCUCUAGGCUCGGGGUUCCUGCAAGUCUAACAUCUCUAAGGCACGGCUUUACCAACAUGUCACUCGGAACAGCUGCCCGGAGUUUGGUGAAACCAGUCCGGGGCGUCCUGCGGCCCUCAGCUUUGAGCCGGAGCUACGUCGCUGCCGCUGAAGCCAGAGCUGUGCUGGAAAAUGAGCUCGACAGUAUCCGAGCCGCGGGGACGUGGAAAGGGGAGAGGAUCAUCACGUCGAAGCAGGGUCCUCAAAUCAACGUGGACGGCAGUCGGAGCCGCAUAUUGAAUUUCUGUGCAAACAACUACCUUGGACUGUCCAGCCACCCAGAGGUGGUGCAGGCAGGGAUUGAUGCUCUGAAGUCACAUGGUGCUGGCUUGAGCUCUGUCAGGUUCAUCUGUGGUACACAGGACAUACACAAAAAUCUGGAGCAGAAGUUAGCAGAGUUUCAUGAGAGGGAGGACUGCAUCCUCUAUGCUAGCUGCUUUGAUGCCAACGCUGGACUGUUCGAGGUCCUGUUGGGCCCAGAUGACGCAGUGCUGUCUGAUGAGCUUAACCAUGCCUCCAUUAUCGAUGGGAUCCGUCUGUGUCGAGCAAAGAGGCUGCGCUACAAACACAUGGACCUCAGCGAUCUGGAGAACAGACUCAAAGAGUCUCAGUCAUCUCGUAUGCGUCUGAUAGUGACCGAUGGAGUCUUCUCUAUGGACGGAGAUGUGGCUCCCCUACCUGGAAUCUGUGACUUGGCUGAACAGUAUGGAGCCAUGGUGUUUAUAGAUGAAUGCCACGCUACCGGCUUCCUGGGCCCCCGGGGGAGAGGAACCGAUGAGCUCCUGGGAGUGAUGGACAGGGUUCACAUUAUUAACUCCACCCUGGGGAAAGCACUGGGAGGAGCAGCUGGUGGCUACACAGUUGGCCCGAAGCCGCUCAUUGACCUGCUGAGGCAGCGCUCGCGGCCGUACCUGUUCUCCAACUCCCUCCCCCCUCCUGUCGUGGGCUGUGCCACCCGGGCUGUGGAGCUGCUGCUUGCCUCCAGUGAGAUUGCGCAGAGCAUGACAGCCAAAACCAUGAGGUUUAGGAACAAGAUGACGCAGGCUGGCUUCACCAUUGCGGGCUCGGCUCACCCCAUCUGUCCUGUGAUGCUGGGUGAUGCACGGCUGGCGUCUCUGAUGGCCGAUGACAUGCUGAAGCUCGGAGUGUAUGUGAUUGGAUUCUCCUAUCCGGUCGUGCCGAAGGGCAAAGCCAGAAUCCGCGUUCAGAUUUCUGCCGCCCACACAGACGAAGACAUCGACCACUGUGUUGACGCUUUUAUCCAGACGGGCAGAAAGCACGGAGUCGUUUCAUGAAUAGGUCAAAGAAGCAGGUUUUGAACGAUCAGCAUCAAUUACUGAAUUGAUAUUGAACCGCUUGCUCUUACAGAUCAUGUUGCCUGUUACCCAUGAGACCUAUGAGUGAUUUCGAUGGAAAUAUUAGUUACAUUUGUAGGUCAAAUGAGAUUAGUGUUAUUUUGCAUUUGCUUGGCUGAAUAAAGCACUUUUGCUAACAUGUGGAGGUGUUUGUAUUGUCAGAAAAAGGGCUGUUAAAUAAAAAAUAAUAUGAGAGA